GACUUUCUCCAUGCGACUCACAAUAACAAGAACAAGAACAAGAACAAGAAAAGAGAGGGAAACACAGAGAAAUGACGAUCGGCAUGCUGGAGGUUUUGCUCUUGGAUGCCCGAGGCCUUCAGGAUACCGAUUUCCUCGGUGGAAUGGACCCCUACGUUCUGAUUCAAUACAAAAAUCAAGAGCGCAAGAGCAGCGUCGCCCGAGGCGAAGGCGGGAGUCCAGUGUGGAACGAGAAGUUCACAUUCAGAGUGGAAUAUCCAGGGGGGGAAGGCCAGUACAAACUAGUUCUGAAAAUCAUGGACAAGGACACCUUCUCUGCUGAUGACUUCCUUGGCCAAGCCUCGAUCUACUUGGAGGAUCUGUUGGCCUUGGGAGUGGAAAAUGGAAAAGCUGAGCUACAUCCUUGCAAGUACAGAGUUGUUCGGACUGAUCAGACUUACUGUGGAGAGAUUCGAGUUGGCAUCAAUUUCACUCCAAAGGUAAAAGAGGAAAAAGAUGAAAUAGAGGUCGGAGGAUGGAAGGAAAGUGAUUACUAGUUUGCCGUAUGAGCUGGUGGAUAUACGGAUUCUCAUGCUCCAUUGUCUUUUAUUAGUCUAAAGGUGUUCAAUUGUUCAUUCUAUUAAAAAAAAGGUCAACAAACUCUUAUAUUAUGGGAAUGGAAUGGUUGUUUAAAGAUCCAAAUUGUAUUUGGAUUUACUUUUCAUGGCCGCCAUGGCGGCAUAUAAACCAGAAGUUAGUGGUCAA